AUGGCGGACGAUCAGGAGCACGAGGGCGCAUCGGUCAAGGAGCAGCUCAUCGAGGCCUGCCGGCGCAACAAUGUCGAGCUUCUCACCGAGAUCAUUGAGAACUGCAAGAGCGAGGACGACAUCUCCGCCCUGAUGAACAAUACGACGACUGUCAUGGGUAAUCACCUAUACCACGAGGCAGCACUGCAAGGAAACUACGAGAUAAUAGACCUUUUGCUCGACCAACCAAACUUUGAAUGCGAUCCUGUCAACCGCGCCGAGGGCGACACGCCGCUCCACUCGGCCAUCCGCUGGAUCAACUCGGAGCCGCCCGCCCAGCGCGAGUUCGGCAAUGCCCUAGUCGAGAUGAUGCUCGAGGCAGGCUCAAACCCCCGGGUCAAGAACAAGGCCAAGCUCACCGCAUACCAGCUCGUGGACCCGACGAACAAGGAACUGCGGGAGCUCAUCUCCAAGCACGAGUACGCCAGCCUGAACCAGGGCGAUUUUGUGGCGGCCGGCGAGGUCAAGCCCUCGUCCAGCGGCGCCGACAUGUUUGCAGACGUACAGGCCGAGGAGAGCGACGAUGAUGCAGAGUUCAGCGGCAGCGAUGAUGAGGAACGUGCCGAGUUUGAGCGUAGAAAAGCUGCCAAGAAGGCUCGGUAA